CUUUAAAGCAGCAUUAAAAGGACCUCUCAACCCCUCCGCCCGACAGCAGCGAAUAAAACUGCCGUGCAGGUUAAAAACAGGAGCGUUUUGGACCUGAACCUGUUCAAAAUCAGAUUUUCUUUUUUUCCCCUUUUCCAUUGAAAAACAUUUUGGGUUGUUGAAAGAAAUGAGUUGCAGUAAUAGUCUCGCUCACCUGCAAAAAGUGGUGGAGCAGCUUCGAGUGGAGGCCGGCAUGGAGAGAAUUAAGAUCUCGCUGACGGCUGUAGAUUUGGUGCAGUACUGCCAGGACAACAGACGCACUGACCCUCUGCUCACUGGAAUUGCAGCCUCCUCCAACCCAUUCAAAGAUAAGAAGUCCUGUGUGCUGCUUUAAGACACCAUGUGACUACUUUAUUCCUCUGCUUUGUUGAUGUCAGUCUGCAUGUUAAGUGUGUCUUAAAUGAAAAGAUAAGGUGCUUGUGCUGCAUGCUCGAUAUACCAUUUGAGUGCACAACUUCACUGCAUUAAUUUAAGAGACAAAUAAAGUCACAGCAGCAGUCAAUAUUGGUCUUUAAAGUGUCCUGAAUUUAGUUGAUGUAGACUGACCAUACGUCCUCUUUGGCGGGGCUGUCCGGGUGGGGUUUCUCAAAUGCCUUAAAUGUCCGGCGUUUUGAGUUAGGGUUGCGUGUAUUUUCAAUGUACGUACAGGGUUAUGAAGGGGUUGUAAACAAAACAAAUUGUGAAGGCGGGCGCACCCAGCAGCAUUCGUGAGGGAGGGGCGGAGACAGUGGAUUGAUUGUUAUACAAGGCAUACUUGCUCAAUAUGAAUUGAUUAACGUGGACCCCAAUUUAAACAAGUUGAAAAACUUGUUCGGGUGUUACCAUUUUGUGGUCAAUUGUACGGAAUAUGUACUGUACUGUGCAAUCUAGUAAUAAAAGUUUCAAUCAA